AUGUACUCACUUUCAAUCUUUCCUAUGCUAAUGGUUUCUCUCAUGUUUAUGGUGGAUGAUGUCGAAACUUAUAACGGAAGUGAUACGCUAAAGGUUGUUGAAAUUGUAAUUGAGCUUCUGAAUGUAACUGUUGUGAUGGAGUGUGAUGUAGGGCUGCAUAAGACUGCUUCGAAAGUAAAGCAUUUGGGUUGUUUUUGUAGCAGGAUUUUGCAGAGAUUGAUUUUGGGUUGUUUUGUGGACGGGUUUGGGAAGGAUUUUGUAGGUUUGGACGGUUUGGUGCAAGUUGCAGCAGGUUUUGUGGUUCGUGUUGCAGGCUGUUUAGAAGGUAUGCAAGUUUUGGACAGCAACUUGCCAUGGAAUACAAAGCAUGAAGAUGGUUCAAAUUUUGAAGAGUGCACAUGUGAAAAUUGA